CUGACCGUUACAACGAAGCUAAGUUUAAAAAUACUCUCACCCCCCGUUCAGCGCUUUCCACACCAACCGCUCUCAAUUUGAGUUUCGAUUUCCACACCUUUUCCAUUAUCCCCUCAAAAAUGGUGUCCAAGUGCAUCAGAAAAACCCUCAAGAAGUGCGCCAGAGAUCGGCGGAUACCUCGCCGACACCACAGGAGGUCUCCGGCCAAGAACGCUUCCCCGCACACCCUCAUCUUCUCCAUCAACAAGUCAAUCCACUCAUGUAAGCGCCGCCUUGCCAAGUUCUUCUGCAAAUUGGCCCGCAUCGCCACACCAAUCCGCCGCAAAGGCUACAAAAUCUUGCCCAAACAAGAACCUGAAUCCAAAGACAGCAUCUGUAAAGUUUUGUUCUCUGACGACUAUGUUCUUCCACCGUUGAUUUCGCCCAACAAGAGGACGGUGUUUCUUGAUCUCGAUGAGACCUUAGUCCAUUCGAACCUGGACCCACCACCGAAUCAAUUCGAUUUCGUGGUUAGGCCCUGGAUUGAUGGGAAUUUGAUGAAUUUCUAUGUUUUGAAGCGUCCAGGGCUCGACGAAUUUCUAGAAUUCUUGAAUGGGAAAUUUGAAGUAGUGGUGUUCACGGCCGGAUUGAAGGAGUAUGCGUCGCUGGUGCUUGACAGGAUCGACAAGAAGGGAGUGAUUGCGCACCGGCUUUACCGGGAUUCGUGCAAAGAAGUCGAUGGUAGGUUUGUGAAAGAUUUAUCAGCCACCGGAAGGGAGUUAAGCAGGGUUGUGAUUGUGGAUGAUAACCCGAAUGCUUAUGCUUUUCAGCCAGAGAAUGCAAUCCAGAUUCGACCUUUUAUCGAUGAUCCAAAGGACAAGGAGUUGAUGAGGCUGGUUAAGUUUUUCCAAGGAUGUGAUUGCUGUGAUGAUAUGAGACAUGCCGUCAAGGCAUUUGUUGGUGAACAUGAAUCACAUGUAUCUUAAAUUUGUAUGUUGACUGUGUUUUCUGAAGGUUACUUUUAUUUUACUGAUAUUGUAUUGAACAAUUAUUUGUUCAAUUUUAAAUCAGAAGGAAAUAAGGGAUGCAGUGUAUUUCUCUUGUGAUUA